AGAGAGAGAGAAGAAAAAAGAGAGAAUAAGAAAAAGAGAAGAAAGAAAAAAAGAGAAAAAGAAAGAGAAAAAAAAGAAGAAAGAGAAAAAGAAAAGAGAGAAAAAGAAGAAAGAAGAGAAAGAGAAAAAAAAA